AUGUCUAUAUAUGUUCAGUAUAUGCCUACUCAAAUGUGGCAUCGUUCCUCAUGGGAAACGCAGCCAGUUCUUCAAUUACAUUUGCUCGAUCGUUGUUCGAAUCACCGUAUAUGCCCUCGGCAAAUGAAGAUCCCACCUAUACGCACUAUACCACAACAAUGCUGCAGAGUAGAGCACAUCGCGACUCCUGAGUCUUUAAAGCAGGACCAGCUGGCGCACAAAUGUCUCUAUCAGAUUGAGCAGCAACGCGAGCUGACGCAAGACAGUUUCAAUUAUCUAUUGAAGCUACUCAAAGACGACUUCUCGCCUAAGGUGCGCAUACUGUCCUCAAGUGAAGUGGAUGCGAAGGCCUUCGCCUUUCCAGUCUCUGACUUUGUGACACCGCUGUAUCAUCAUAGAACGGAAUGUUGGUCUGUUAUAUGCGUUUCUAUUCAAAAUCAGAGCAACCAGAACAGGGGAAGGCCUCUUGUCAAGGUUCAUUACUAUGAUCCGGAUCCGCAGCAGGGCAGGCACUCUGAGGUGCGCGAGAAGAUCCGUUCCUGGGCUGAGCAACGGCAUGGUAAAAACGUAGAAUUUCAAUACAUUCACGCAGAGGGCCCGGCCGUAUCUCAUAAGAACUCAACGGGCAUUUAUGCCAUAAUGGGCGCCCUGGACUUCGGUGCCUACCAGACUAUCCGGUCGAAGGACAAGUUCUGGAGCGGGGACCCUGUAAAGACGAUCAAAGCUGCUUUGCAGGGAACCCAGCCUCGCUACCCUACCCCAGGAGGAACACCUGGGAGAAGGGAGUCCCCUAUCUGUUCUACAGGCAAUGGAGCCGAGGGUAUGAAAACCCCCUCCAGAACCCCCAAGGACGAGAGGCGGAAUAGUUGGAAGGAUACUAGAAUCGACCAGAGCGGCGCCUUCAGGACCCGGACACCUACGCCAGGAAACUCGAAGCGCAGACGCGUCGAUCCGGCUGAUCCUAUGGUGUUUGACGUCAAGAAGAAGUUGGACGACGCUACCGCUUUCAUCGCGAGCCUGAAACUUCCUUCGAUGACUGCUCUUCGGCAGGAGGUCGAUGAGCGCCGCAAGGAGCGCGAUGAGCAGAACAACGUUGUUGAGAAGAAGAAGGCGGAGCUAGAGAAGUGUCAGAACGAGCGAGCGUCACAGGCCAAGGAGCAUGGUAUCCUUGAUAGAGAGUUCUCAAAUCUCGGCGCCGCCAUCGCAGCUGACGAGAAGGCUAACAACGAAUAUCUCUCAACGAUCCCUACCCCUACGAUGACUCUCAACUUCCCCAUGAGCAAGACACCUCAGGACAGUUGGAGGGAGGAUUUUGAGGAGAACAUCAAACCGCAGAGGAAGAAGCACGAGCAACUAGGCGCAAGGAAGCGCAAGGCAAGCGAGAUGUUGCAUUCGGCGGAGGAAGUAUGUACUACACUUGAGGAGGAUGUGGAGAAGGCUCAGGAUGAGGGGAGGGUGAUUGAGCAGGAGGUGAAGAGGGCGUAUAUGAGGGAGGAGUUUGUGGCGAUGGAGAAGAGGCAUUUCGAGGAGUAUCAGGCUUUUCCAUUGCGGUUUGAGGGGGGCAAUUGGGAGGAGGAGUUCGGCAAGAGGAGAGACAAGAUGUAGUGGUUUGAUGCGUAUUUUGUCAUGGGAGAUGAUUAGAGAUCUACUGUAUGUCAUAGACAAGCUUGGUUGAUUCUGCAGAUGCAUUUAUUCUAUUUGGCAGUUAUUAGUAUUA